AUGAGUGACCCCUCUGUGCCUGUCUGCACCCUGCAGUGGACAGGACUGGUGCUGGGGGGGACCUCUCUGUGCCUGUCUGCACCCUGCAGGGGAGCCGGGCCGGUGCUCACAGUCUACACCAUCAUCUCAGUCCAGCUGCUGGUGACCAUGGGCAUCAUCGCCGUGUUCACCUUCGUCUCCCCCGUCGGUGCCUUUGUGCGGAGGAACAUUGCUGUGUACUACUGCUCUUAUGCCGUGUUCCUCAUCACGUACCUGGUGCUGGCCUGCUGACAGGGCCCCAGGAGACGCUUCCCCUGGAACCUCAUCCUGCUGAGCAUCUUUACGCUGGCCAUGGCUUUCAUGACGGGAACCAUCGCCAGCGUGUAUCACACGCGGGCUGUCCUGAUCACCAUGGUGAUCACUGCCAAAGUGGCCAUAAUUGUCACCGUCUUCUGCUUCCAGACCAAGGUGGAUUUCACAUUGUGUACCGGGCUGUUCUGUGUGCUGGGGAUCGUUGUCGUUCAGACAUUAAUAGCCACUGCCAUUGUCCUGUACUACAAAUAUAUUCAGUGGGUCCACAUGGUGUUCGUGGCCAUGGUUGCGAUUGCCUUCACCCUGAUCCUAGCCUACGACACCCAGCUGCUGGUAGGGAACAAGCAGUACGGCCUCAGCCCCGAGGAGUACAUCUUCGGCGCCCUGGAGAUCUAUGUGGACAUCGUCUACAUCUUCUUCUUCCUGCUGCGGUUCCUGGGCUGGAAAUAGAGCCUCCAGCAGGGCUCCUGGCUGGCACAGCCCGGGGCUGAGGAGCACUCUGGGAACACCUCGUUUCCUUCCUGCUUCUGUUCUUUUCUCCCUCCUUGCCCCGGCGUGUGUCUCCCAGCCGAUGGCCUCUGGUUUCCCCCCUUCCCCGUGGAGCCCAGCGUGGGAUUCCCACAGUCUGUGCCUAGAGGGGUCGUGGGCAAGACUGUGCCCUGGAAAAGCCCAGUAACGAGGCUUUGCCCAGCGAUAACGCCAGAGUUGGCAGAUCUCUGCCCCGGUAAUGGCUCUGCUGCCCUCUGUGCUCGCAUGCGGCCUCCAUCUUUCUUCGCUCCCUGCUGUGCCCCCAGGGGUGUGUCAAUGCACUGAGUUCAUCCUCAUAACGGCCCUUGGAACUCGGUGCCAGGCGAGGCAACUCCUCUCAGACCCACACACACGGCCCCUCUGCCAGCACUAGCUGCUAAGACAAGAGGGCACCUCAUAUUCCCCAGAAGUAGCUGAGAGAGGGCAGUUCUGGACAUCACGCUCCACAUGAUGGUUGCUGAGACAGAUCCUCCACCCUAAGGAGAAGUGAAUUCACUUCUCUUGUGGUAGCGAGCAGGCAGGUCGAGGCUUCUGUCUAUCACCUUGACAUAACCUUGACCUACCCCGCCCUGUGCCUGGCAAGCAGCCUUACUCUGAAAUAACUUGCUGGAUGGUUUGAGUUACCUGGAGCUGCCUGAGGUCAGGCUUGAGACGAGCUGCUGUUCGGACCCAGGUGAGAUGCCACAGGGGGAGGGGCAGCGCCUUCUUCGAAUCCAAACCCACUCAGGGGAGAGCAGAAAGACAGGGGCUCGGUCCUCAUGCUGAUCCAAACCCCAGUGUGCA